GGAACUAAUCUCAAAUCUAAAGUUCAAAUAAAUAAUUGAAAAUGUGUCCAGAAGCAAUGAUAUUGAUAAUAGUUAUCACAAUAUGUGCCUCAUACGUUGGUUCAUCAAAAAAUGAAACAGCGUUUAACAUAAAAGAUAACGACAUAGAUAACAACACAAAAGCUACAGAGGUGUCGCCAAAUAAAAAUGUUAUAAUAAGUACAACACCGGGAUAUGAUGUUCUGGAAAUCAAAGAUAACAAUACAAUUGGGAUGUACAAUUUGACAACUCGUGUUGAGGGUGUGAGAAAUAGUUAUUUUAUAAGCUUAAGAAACAACUCUGCAAUAGUGAAUGACAGCUUUAUUAAUGAAUCAAAUCAAAUUGGAAACAUAUCAAACCAAAGCAUCAAUACUAAAGUUGAAGAGAUAAAUACAACAAAUUACAAUGAUAACGAUAUCAAGCAUGUUGAUAUAACAACAGUUACCAGUACGAUCCUUCAAAAAGAUUUGCCAAGACAAGUAGGAGACAAAAUGUCACAUAAUAUAAAAAAUGACGAACUUAGGGGUUUAAUGUUGGAAAAGACGAAAGUAAUGCUGCAACACCAUCUACAACUAGUACCUAUGGAAGAUAAACCGUUUGACUCACAAAUGUUACAGAGCCAACGUUAUAUGAUAAGUAUAUUGGUACCUGUUGGUGUAGGCUUGAUUGGUGCCAGUAUGAUUGUAUGCACGAUAAUCACGUUGAGGAAAGUUGCAAAUAAAAGAGUCGUUCACACGCCACUAGAUGAUGACGUAGAGGUUGAAAGGUCAUUUACAGCGCACAUAUCAAGUAUCAGUACAGAUACCACAGACAAAGUGUUUUUAUUGCAUACAGAUGAAAUUUGACAACAUCAAUUAUACUAUCAUUACAUCUGAUAUCAAUUUUUGGAAAUAAAGUUACUGUAGAGGACUUGACAAAUAUGCUAAAACACUUGUGUUGUGAGAAUUCCGGAAUUGGUAGUAAAACAAAUUCAAAUUGUAUGUUUUCGAGCAUCAGGUAUCACUCUUUGAUAAUUAAAAUCAAUUAGCUUUGAGACUUCUUUCUUUAAUUAAACAUAGUAGCUUAAUGAUAAACCAUUCCAAAACAUUUGCACCACGAAAGAACAAACUUAAAAGAAACACUUUUCUUAAUAUGUGUAGGCAAUGUUUUUCAAGAUUACAUCUUCUGAGAGGAAUCACAGCUGAUUGCCAUAUAAGAAAUCAUAAUAAUACUUAUUGUGGCACAAAAUAAAAUUGGUAGUAAAAAGCACAUUUUGAAAUAGCAGAAAAUAACUAAUUAAGCAGGAAACAAGUUUACCUCCUUUUUCCACAUGACUAAUCGAUAUAGGAUGAUCUUUAAUAUCGGCAAUUACAAACCUUUGAGGAUGAAUCCAUGUGGUUUAUAGAGAUAACCUCAAAAAAAAAAUUGUAACGAAAACAGUUUUAAA